AUGUACAGGUCAGAGCAGUCUGAAAAGUCACGACUCUAUAUCGGUAAAGGUGUAGAACUGGAUAAUGUUGGAGAAGGUGAUGUAUGGAUUCGGUGUCUUUCUGAAUUCUCUGUAUUUGUUCAAAGCUACUACUUGGAUCGAGAAGCUGGUCGUGCACCUGGAGAUGCUGUCCAUAAGAUAUAUCCGGGUGCUUAUAUUAAGGUUUUUGAUAUAAGACAGUGUCAUGAAGAAAUGAAGUCGCUUGCUCAGUCUUCUCAUGCUGCUGCUGUACGUCAAGCUGCUGCUGUUGUUGGAUCACCAACAACGAGUGAUUUAUUGUCUCAACUUCCUGGAGCAUUACCUCUAGGUUCUGGUCAACCAACUCCAGGUCCUUUACACGGUGGAUUAGGUACAGGAGCGUCUAUUAUGGCUACAGCUGGUGUAGGUGUCGAUGAUCUAAGACGUCUUUGUAUGCUUCGAUUAAGUUUUGUAAAAGGUUGGGGACCUGAUUAUCCUCGGCGUAGCAUCAAAGAAACACCAUGUUGGAUAGAAAUACAGUUGCACAGACCAUUACAGUUACUGGAUGAAGUAUUACAGGCUAUGCCUCUUAAUGACUUGAAACCAACUCGACAUUUCUUCAAUUAUUUUGCACAACCAUCUGGAUGUACUACAAUUAGACCAACAGCAGCCAAACGUGCAUAGAUGGGUGGGAUUGUUAAGUCUUUUUUCUUUAAUUAUUAUUUCCUCUCCUCUAUUCAAGAUUAGAAAAUAUUUUAUUUCACCUGAUCUUGUUACUUUGAACACCAUCAUCUACUGUUCAUUGCAUAUUUUUUAGUCAUUGCACUAUUUCCAAUUGAUUUUCUUCUCAUCUUUAAUUCACUCUUCUAUCCUCUUGCUUCCAAUCUUUUCCUUGUAACCAUAGUGAUCAUGAUAAUACUUUCAUCACAUCAGGUAACUUAUAAUAUUUUAUCCUUUUGGAUGUAUCUACCGGUACACAUGGCUGACAUUUCGAUCUGCUCAAAAUGUUUGUUUUUUUUCCUAAUCAUAACCUCCUCCCUUUACGGGUGAGUUUAAAGGCCAUCAACACAACUGCUGAAACAGCCAAUCAGGAGUGACUUUGAAGGCCACUGACGAAACAACCAAUCACGUUUCUCUAUUCUGUGGGAAAUUGUCUUUUCAGUCAAAAUACCGCAACGUGACUGGUUAUUUUGGCAGUUGUUAGAGUGUGACCUUUAAAGUCCCUCACCAAUCAGAUUUCAGUCUUCUGGCCAGAAAGAUAGUUCUUCACGAAAUACUGAAACGUGAUUGGCUAUCUUAGCAGUUGCCAGGGUGACCUUUACAGUCGCUCCCUUUUACACGCAUCAUUGUCCAUAAAUAUCAUUUGUGCGCCUUCGAUCAGGUGAUUUUAUUAUUGUUUUUUUCCCCUUGGUUUUGUCGAUUACUCUAACCUACAUUGUUGUUUUGAAAUUUUGUCCACAGCUGACUUGAUCUGUGUGUGUGUGUGUGUGUUAUUUGGAAAUAUGAAAACUUUGAUACUGCCCUACACGCCUCAACUGUAUGAAUGAGGUGGUUGUGUACUUGUUCGACAUCUUUUAUGAGAUAUGAAGAGCAGAAUAUCUAGCCAUAUAAAAGAGUAAUUGGAUUACUUUGUAAAUCAAAAACGUUUAUUGUCCUUUGCUUUGUUUUUAUUUCGGUUACUUUAUUUUUAAUUGUUAAUUUCUAGGCAUAUGAAUACUACUACUACUAAUACUACUUAGGUUACUUUUUUAUUCAUUUCUACUGUUUUUAGUCACUGACGGUCACAUGCAUACAUAUGUGUGUGUCUAUGGCUUUUGUUCAUUUUACAAUUGUGUACUUAAAUAAAAAUUAUCAUCGAUAUGUGACAGGGAACCAUCAAUGUGUCCACCUUCUCCUUCUUAUGAAGUUUUGUUUGAUAUGAUAAUCAUAGUGUAUCAGCUGUGAAGCACCGUGGUUCCAUUUAUUCUUUUUUAGGAGAAUAGUAUUAUUUUGUUUAGAUUGUGUAUAUCUUUAUUCAGGUCAAAUUAAACUCCAGGAUAGUCAUUGUCAUAUUGUACACACUGAAUAAAUGGCGGUAGGUUAGGAUCACUAUGAGGCUAUUACUCACAUGUUUAGAUAUCAUUUAAUGAGAGAUACUUAUCUAACUAGUCUGUUUACCCGUGUUUUUAAAAAAAAUAAAUUAUUGUUUAUUUUUCCGUUGGGUUCCUAGUGGAACAUACGGCCUCAGUAGCACAUCUCCAUUCCCACUCUCUUCUCUGCAGUCUUUUGAACCUGGCACCACGACUGCCCACAAACUCUCAUUUAUUCCUCACAUCAUCUCCUCCAUGUCACCCUCAGCUGUGACACCCAACUCAUCGUCUCCCAUUUGGUUUCCACUCGAGCGACUGACCUGGUGCAUGAUGUCCCCAGUUGGCCUUCUCAGCGUAUGCAAAAUCCAAUCGAUCUCCACUUACUUUCUCUGCAUAUUUGUUGAGUGAUAGGUUGUUGGUUGGUUCGUUGGUAGCCAGCCAGAAUUCCUUAUUGCUUAUUGUUUCUGGCCUUGGGAUCUGCUUUCCAGUAUGGAGUGAGUGUAGGUGGCGACUGUUGUUGAAUGUGUGUAGUUUGUUGGAAGUGGUUUUGGUGACACUCGAAGUUUCUGAAGCAUAUAAAGCAGCAGUGAAUUGACUGAAUUGGUGUUUACAAUGUGGAUGUUGUUCACGCUUUUUGCUGGAUGGAGUGCAGUAGAUCUUCACAUUGGUUUGAGGAUAAUGAAAGCCUGUCUUGCUUUUCCGAUCUUUGUUUUGACAUCGUCGUCUAUGCUUACUGUUGUUGAAAUGAUGCUGCCUUGGUAGGUGAAAGAAACUACUUCCCUUAGGUUUCUCCCAUUAGUGGUGGUUGGUACUUGUUGUUGUUGUUGUUGGUUGGGUAUCUUCAUCAUCUCUGUCUUCUCUACAUUCACUUGAAGUCCCGCUUUCGCUGCUCUGCCUUUUCUAUCAAUUUGUUAGUUUUCACAUGUAGAUCUUCGAGUUUUCGCUACAAGACAUUACAUAUAAAUGAUGAUCGGCGAAAUCCAAACGUUCUAGGGUCGUUCUUUUUAUAAGCAUUAGUAUAUUAUAGGUGUAGUUUACAGCUUGGUGUGUAAACUACAAACCCUUUUAAUUUCCUUAUCAUUUUAAAAGCGGUUUAUUGUAAAUAGUGCAACUCAGCGACCAGAUUCAGUUUUAUCCUCUAGUAGUUAAUGUUGCUACCUCAUAUUGUGUGAAACCUUGUUAAGCAUAGUGGUUUGUUUGAUGAUCGACUGUAUAAUGUACGUUUCUGUAGCUCUAAAGUUUAACCAUCAAGAUAAAUUGUCUAACAUCUGACUAAUCCACCUACUGAAGUGUGUGUGAUUGCGUUAUGAUGUUUGUUGAAAUCUGUGACUCUCUUUGAAAGCUGAUGUGAUUCCACAAGUGAGUUAGUUAGGUAGAUAUCUUCAAAUUAUUCAUAAACUUAGUAAUCUUAGCCAUGUAAACCAAAAAUAAAUCUUUAAGAAAUCCCAUAUUUGCUAGAUAUAGAGUUUUCUAGACUAUGGAAUGUGUUCUUAAAACAUUUAUAUUAUGAAUUCUGUAGUCUUGUUCACUGGCUGACUGACUGACUGACUAGCCAAAUCAACGUGAACCCUCACACAAGUUGACUCAUUUCACAGUAGUAUGUACAGAGAAAAGGUGGAUAGAAAAAGAGUGAAAUCGGAGAAGAAAAUAUAGUUAGAGGGAAUGGACAGUUUGAGGAUAAAGGUUAGUGUGAAUAUUGAAGCUUCAGAAGAUACUGAGGAGUGAAUAUAUUGUGGCUACUAUGACUGGUUUUCAGCUAUAUCACUAAGAGCCAGUCCUCAACCGCUGAUUCCUAUUGUCUCGGUGACCCUAGUCAGCCAGUCUAUAUCUCCCCACACGGCUCAGGCCAACAGUCUGGUAGUUCAUCGACUGGUGCCCCAUCUUGAUCUGGUCACCAUGAACCGUCUUCUAACUUGAUCCAAGCCAUCUCAGUCGAUUAAGUUUCACAACCUCAUCAAUCGACUAGCUCAUCUUGCCUGAUAAUCUUCACCUGACUUCAACAUUGCUCACACAGUGAUUUUAUCAAAGGUGAGCAGUGCUACGACGAUAUCUGUGAUUUUUAAAGGCUGUCUCACAGGCGUAUAACAGGACAGAACGAAUGUCAAAGUAGUCUUCUGUAUCCGAGUUGAGAUUUUGUUAUCAACCAGCGUGUUUGGGCUAAUGCAACUCUUUAGGUAAAUGAAGUGGUCGACAUAGUCCUGUAAGACUAGCAGUUGGUGAGAUUGUUUAAAAUUUUGAACUAGUGGUUAAGAGUUGCGUUUCUUGAAUGAAAGUAUCCGAUAUUCAUGAACACUGCCUUUACAGUAUUCUUCAGUUCGAGUACUCAAGGUAUUUCAUCAUCAUUCUGUUAACAUAGGUAGUAAAUUCGAUUGAGCGGAGGGGGGUGGAUCAUAGCUCAGGAGGUAGGGUUCUAUUAUUGUUGGUGAUAUAAUGCAACUUCGAUCUGCUAUCAUGACUAUGUAUAUCUAUCCUGACUUGACUUAUUUUUGUUGUUAGCACUCCGAAACUCUGUCUUGUUACUUCCAUUGAUGUAGUGCAAUUAUAGUGUGAGCAGAUUUGUUAGCAUGUGCUUAUUGUCCCUUUCAUACGAAUAGAAAAUGUAAUAUAUGCAUUGUUGCUAUAUCACCAUUGAUAUACUGUACUGGUAAGUUCGGCUCUAAGUGAGUUCAUAACACUUCAAUGUGCCUAACACUCAAACUACUCAUAUCAGUCAGUCAGUAGUAUGUGAAUGUACAUGUGAAGAUUUCAUAUUUACUUUUUGGUCAGGAAAAAUCUUAUUGGACAAUUUAUUCUUCAGCUGACCAAUCAAAAUGUUCUAUUUACCUUGUAACCUAAUGGUUUUUGAUUUGUUCAUGGAACUGGCUUACAUGUGCUGGUUGGUCACAGGAGUGCAACCAAUUUCAUGUUGUCUAGUCCUGAGUGCAGACCGAAACCUAGGUGAGACAGGGCUUCCUGCCGAUUGCCUCCAACCAACUAACAAAUCCAAAAGUACAUUUAGCUUUUACUAAAACCUGC